AUGAGCUCAUCACCAACUCUCACAGCUUCAGCACCGGAAACCACCCCUCUUUUAAAUUCCGAGACUGCCAGUUCCUACACCAUCGGCAAUGAGCUACCACCACCACCACGACCACCCCAAGAUGAGAAGCCCAUUGGAUUUGCCCGGGGUCUUUCCAUUGCCCUGAGCAUGUGGGUUCUCAUCUUCCUUCAGGCGGGCAACAUGUCUGGAAUCAGCACAGUUCAAAGCAGCAUCGCCACCGACCUCGACGCCUACGACCAAGCCAUGUGGUUCACCGGUGUCUACCUCAUCAGCUCCUCUUGUAUAUCUCCCCUCACCGGCCGACUCUCCACCAUCUUCACCCCGGGCCUUAUGAUCCUCGUCUCGUCCCUUUUCUUCACCAUUGGCGCAAUUGUCACCAGUCAAGCCCACACCCUUUUCGUCUUCCUGUUCGGUCGAAUCCUUGUUGGCAUCGGCGGCGGCGGGAUCAUGACCCUUUCUUUGAUCCUCGUCAUCCAACUAACCAGCAAGCGCCGCCGCGGCGUCUGGAUCGGCCUCACCAACGCCGGCUUCACAGUGGGCAUGUCCACGGGUGCUGUUGUCUUUGGUAUUUUGUUGCCCAUCAUCGGCUGGCGCGCUCUCUUCUGGGCACAAGCACCCCUCGCUCUGCUCGGCGGCCUUGGAGUCUACGCCAGCAUUCCCUCCUCCCUGUCCACCGGCCAACCUCUAUCUCCCGGGGACGCGGAAAAGACCAGCCUGCAAAAGCUGCGCGGAAUCGACUAUGCGGGCGCCAUCACUCUGACUACCACCAUUGUCCUAUUGCUUUACUCCCUCUCCGGCCGUACAGGAAUUCACUGGACCCCGCUGUUUUCGUCUCUGCUCACCUUCCUCCUCUUCCUGGUGAUCGAAUCCCGCUUCGCCAGCGACCCCAUCCUCCCGUUACGGAUCCUUCGGUCUCGCGGUAUCUUGCUGUCCUGCCUCUCGCAGCUAGGCUUCAUGUCGGCGCGCUGGACCGUGCUCUUCUAUGCGCCCAUCUUUGCGCUUGCCGUGCAUGGCGCCAGUCCCGCGCUGGCGGGGUCCAUUCUGAUUCCGACCAACCUCGGUUUCGGCAUGGGUGGAUUACUGGUGGGCUGGCUGCACAUCAGCAGCAGCAAGGACUACUGGUUCCCUUCCUUGGUGUCCAUGGGUAUUUUUGGCUUGACGAUCCUGGCCAUGGGGUGGGUGAGUAACGCUGCCACGCAAAUGGGGUGGUAUGUCGGGGUGAUUUUUGUCAAUGGACUGGCUACGGGCGCGGCGGUGAAUUAUACCAUGGCGCAUUUGCUGCAUUUGAGUCAUGCCCGGGAACACUUUAUCGUGACGGGCUUGUUGGCUACUUUUAGGGGAUUUGCGGGCAGUACCGGCACGGCGAUUGGGGGCGGGAUCUUUGGGCGGGAGUUGAGGGCUUCGCUCUAUCGAGGAUUUGAGAUGAUUGAAGGGCUGCCUAGAGAGAGGAUGGAGAAGUUGGUUACGGUUUUGGUGGGCAGUCCGGCGAGAGUGCACCAGGAGGGCUUCUUGACAGUUGAGGAGAGGCUGGUUUCAGUCAGUGGGUAUGAACAUGCGUUGAGCACACUUUAUCAUAGCGCCGCGGCGUUGUGUGUGGUUGUGUUGUUGGUGCAGGCGGGGACGGGCUGGACGGCUGGGGGAGUGAGUAAGGAGGAGGAGAGAGAGAUUGAGCAGGCGAUCGCGGAACACGAUGGGAGGAUGGAGGCCUAG